GUGGACAGCCGCCUUCUGUAGCAGACAUUGAGAUCUCAAGUCCCAUUCAAAUCAUAACCACCAACCAAAACUUUCGAUUCUCAAUCCUCCUUCGACCUCACCCCUUUUCGAAUCACCUUUGAACCCUUUUAUCAACAAACAAUACCGCCAAAAUGCCCAAGUCGAAGCGCGCAAAGGUCGUCCACCUCACACAGGUCUCCAAGAAGACGCGCGAGAACAAGGACAAGCUUUUCCAGAAUAUCCGCGAUACUGUCCCCGAGUACCAGAACUGCUUUGUCUUCAGCGUCGAUAACAUGCGAAACAACCACCUCAAGGACGUUCGACGUGAGCUGUCCGAUUGCCGUCUCUUCUUCGGAAAGACAAAGCUCAUGGCAAAGGCUCUUGGCCAGACACCUGAGGAGGCCAUCGCCCCUGGAAUUGAGGACCUCAGCCGUUAUUUGACUGGUACCGUCGGCUUGAUCUUGACCAACCGCCCUGUCGAAGAAAUCCUCUCUUACUUUGAGAACCUCGCUCCUGUCGACUUUGCCCGCGCCGGCGCUGUGGCCACCCGCGAUUUCUCUAUUCCUACCGGUGUUGUCUAUGCUACCGCUGGUGAGGUUCCCGCUGAGCACGAUGUUCCUCUCGAGCACACCAUCGAGCCUGAGCUACGACGUCUUGGUGUCCCUACCCGUAUGGUCAAGGGCCGUGUCGUUCUCGGUGAUGAGGCUGGUCAGGGCGAGGAGUAUGUUGUUUGCAAGGAGGGUGAUGUUUUGGAUUCACGACAGACAAGAUUGCUUAAGCUUUUCGACGUGUGCUUGAGCGAGUUCAAGGUCAAGGUGUUAGCAUACUGGAACGCUGCUAGCUCCGAGGUGACAGAGGUUGACCCCAACGCUAUGGACGAGAAUUAGAUGAGCCUAGGAUAAGGCAUAGAAAACGGUGCUAGACGUUGGGUUUAACAUCUUCUGUUUGAAUGACUGAUACCAGCAUGAAAUUUUUAUGGGAUCUCGGCGUUGAGGGCCAUGGGAUAUGGAAGGGCAUCAUGUUUUACCAAUAGGCCCGCCCGAAUGACAAUACGUACUUCACAACAUUCACAAAAUUCGGUUCUUUUCUUAA